AUGUCAAUCUUGUCUCGUGAUCAGGACACCGCCUCUCAGGACGACAGUGCACGGGCUCUCAGCAAGCAAUUCGCGUCUAUGCCUCUCGAAGACGCUCAUCGAUCUCGUACGGUCACUCCUCGCAAGGAGAGCAGCAGCAGCAAGGGAGCUCACAAACCGUCAGGUAAUCUGGAUCGAGCCAAUGCGCGCCUGUCCCAGGUGACUUCGACUAGCUUUCGCGAAUCGCAGCAAGCCUAUUCAGAUGCAUACACGUCCUACAGCAAUUCAUCUGGCAUCGGCGAGCAGCUGACCCUCAGCGAUCGUUGUCUUCGACGCGACCGAGACGCAUGUCAGCCUCUCAAAGCCCUCGACGCGCAAAUCGAUAUGCACUGCACAAGUACCAUCAAUGAGUCCGCCUACCUGCCCGCUAAACUUCGCCAAAAGUACUCAGUCUGCUCGCACCUCGCAGCAUGUGGUCUUGAGCCAGCCAGUCGAUUGCGAGAAGAAGCACAAGAAGAACGCUUGCGCCGAAUGUGUAGAGCCUACAUGGGCGAAGCAGUCGAGGAAUCAGUCGCUUCUCCCUCCGAACACGCAAGCGAUGACCACCUUUCGUCACAUCCCGGCAUUGUGACCGAGCCGAUCGUGCAGCCUGUUCUGUCAUCAAGCUUUCUGACGCUGCCGACGGAAACCCUGACGAGAAUCGCCGUGAUAACAGGGCAGAAAGAUCUGCGCAAUCUCUAUACUCUGAGGCAAAUCUCUCGUCAGCUCCGUACUCUGAUGGACAGUGAUUACAUCUGGUGUCUCGCAACAGGCACAAUCAUCGGCGACGACCUCGAGACUGCUGGCAAGAUCGCAAGAGGAACGGCCAGGCGCAAGUGCCAGUACGAAUGCGUCGCUUGCAGACGAGAGGAUCGCGAACCGAGCUAUGCACCUAUCAACCCGGCUCUGCCUUUCGGCCAGAAGCUAUCGUUUUGCCCCCGCUGCUAUGGCAGUGCUGUCGAUCAGGACAAUUGGAGCAAGAAUCCGCGAAUGUAUGCUGUCGCCUACUGGACCUACAUGAGCUCCAGACGCGCUGUGGGUCCGUACACUCCAACCGAGGUUGCAGCAGAUGCAUGGUCGCGUCAGCAGGAUCUCUAUCGCAUCGGCUGCUUCGGCGUGACCUGGCAGCCCGUUUACGAGCUCGAGCCUUAUGUGUCGGUCGAGUUUAUCAAGCUCUGCAAAGAGUAUGUCUUCCAUUGCGGUCACGUCGAAGUCGCUCUUUCGCAGGUACAGGAGGCCUGCACUCUCCUUCGCAGACGACACGCGACGUUCGAAGCAUGGGCCAGGCAGCAUUUGCGCGCCAUUCAAAUAGCCAAAAGCGUCCGACCUGCUAGCUAUGCCAUCUGGCGUGAGCGCGCCAAGAUCGAUGACAUGCGGAGUCAUCUCCACCUCAAAUCACUCGGUCUCGGCCUCAUCAAGACGGACAAUCAGCUUCUCUCGCGUCAAUUCGGAUCGCACAGCAGACCUCGCCAACCUGCCGUCCAAUUCCUGCUUCAGGAAAUCGUCUGCCUCUAUUGGGAUGAGCGAAAGCCCCUGCCCGGUCAGCUCAAUUCGGUGUCUGGCUGGAUCGAAAACUACGUCACUUCGGCAGAAGGUCCCUUGACAUGUUUGCUGCUCAAUUGCGGCCAGACAGCUUCACGCGGAUGCAAGUGCUGCUUGUGUCCAGAUCAUUGCACGCCCAUCAAUCGCGAUUACCUUCGUCGUCCGGCUACAUGCGCCGUCCAUCCCGAUCGCCCUCACGCGCCGCAGCCGGAGCGCAUCGCAAAGCAGCCAGCUGUCGUGCUCAAUGUCGAGGCUGCGCAGUCGCAGCAGGCAGUCGCACAAGCCAAGAUGAUGUACGAAACGUCGAAGCAGCAGGAGUCUAUGGACUCGCGCGACAGAACCGCGGAGCUAGCAUUCUGCAAGGCGUUCAGGGCGCUGCCGGCCAAGUCAGCGGGCACGCUUCGAAUCUUUGAGCGUCAAGAGGAUUAUACCGCCCAUGGCGACGAUGCCGUCUUUGUGGCUACGCACGUCUUCAAGACCAACACCGUCCUCACCUAUUGGGGCGGCUCGGGCAGUGCCGCCGUGCCCAGCUGCAAGAUGUCACGCUCCGUUGCGACUAACUUGCUCAGAGAGGCAUUGACGCUACGGCAGCUGCGUAUCGAGAUCUGGAAGGACAGCAGCAGCAAGACCAGCUCGGCUCAGCUGACACUCGUCAGACAAGCUUCUCCUGGCAAUCUAGGAGAUGUAGAGGAUCUCCUCUUCGGCAACAUCGAUCUCGUCUCUUCGCCCGUCAUCAUGGCCAUCCGUCUUUCCACCAAGGAUGGCAUAACGACCAUCGGCAUGGCCUACGCGGACACCUCUCUGCGUCGCAUUGGACUCACAGAGUUCGUGGAUAACGACCUCUUCUCCAAUACAGAGUCCUUGCUCGUACAGCUGGGCGUCAAAGAGGUCCUCAUGGCCAGUUUCGAGAAGAGCAAGGAGUACGAGGCCGAAAAGCUGCGUCAAUUGAUCGAUCGUUGCAGCGUCGUCAUCACAGAUCGCAAGCCAAGCGACUUCAAUAUUCGCAACAUCGAGCAAGAUCUCAACAGAUUGCUGCGAGGCUCACCUGCAAUAGCGACCCUGCCAGAGAGUGAUUUGCGCUCUGGCAUGUCCGCGGUCAACGCGCUCAUCGUCUACCUGGGACUACUGACCGACGAGUCUAAUUUUGGUCAAUACGAUCUAAAAUCGCAUGACUUGUCGCAGUACAUGCGCCUCGACGCUUCCGCUGUACGCGCUCUCAAUCUAGUACCAGAUCCGUCGGGCUAUGGCGGUGGCAACAAAAACAUGAGCAUCUUCGGUCUGCUCAACCGAUGCAAGACUGCACAAGGCAUGCGACUGCUAGCCCAAUGGUUGAAGCAACCCCUCGUGAACUUACAUCAGAUUGAGAAGCGACAAGACUUGGUCGAGAUCAUGGUGGAGGACAACUUCUUGCGCGAGUCGCUCCAAGAAGACAUCCUCCGCGCCAUGCCCGACCUACAGAAGCUCGCCAAAAAGCUCCGACGAGGCGUAGCUACUCUCGAAGAUGUCGUCCGUAUCUACCAGGUCUCCAUCAAGUUACCAGACCUCAUCAAUCAUCUCGAGACUGUUGGCGAGGGCGCGCCGGCCAAGCUAGCGUUGAUCAAGGAGAGCUAUCUGAGCGCGCUCACGGAGAACAACACCGCUCUUGAAAAGUACGUCGAAAUGGUCGAGACGACGCUCGAUCUUGAUGAACUAGCCAAUCACCGUUAUAUCAUCAAGCCAGACUUUGACGACGAGCUCAAGCGAAUCCAGAAAAAGCUAAAUGCGAUCAGAAAGGGCCUCGACGAUGUGUAUCGAGACGUGGCCGAGGAUCUAGGCGUUGCCAUGGACGGCAAAGUCCUCCAUUUUGAGAACAAUCCUACCUACGGGCAAGUUUUCCGUCUCACACGGAAGGAAAGCGCGAAGCUGAAGGGAAAGCCGGGCUAUAUCGAUCUCGCAAACAAGACAAAUGGACUCACAUUCACAACAAAGAAGUUGAAGGCACUUAACGAAGAUCAGCAGGACUGCAAAGAGUCGUACACGCGCAAACAAAGCUCGCUUGUCAAAGAAGUCGUUGCUAUUGCCGCAUCGUACGACACUAUCCUAGAAGAUCUGAACACGACGAUCGCCGAUCUCGAUGUCAUCGUCAGCUUAUCUCACGUCGCUGUCAAUGCUGUUGGCCCUUAUGUCAAGCCAAAGCUGCAUGAGAAGGGUCAAGGCAAGCUCGUCUUCAGGGAAGCCCGUCACCCGUGCCUCGAAGCGCAAGAUGACAUCUCCUUCAUUGCCAAUGAUCACGAAUUCGUACGCGGCGAGAGCGAGUUCCAGAUCAUCACGGGUGCGAACAUGGGCGGCAAGAGCACCUACAUUCGCCAAGUCGGCUGUAUCGCCCUCAUGGCAUGCAUCGGCAGCUACGUACCUUGUACGGAAGCCGAGCUGCCCAUCUUUGACUGUAUACUCGCUCGUGUCGGUGCUGGCGACAGUCAGCUGAAGGGCGUGUCGACGUUCAUGUCCGAGAUGCUCGAGACGGCGACGAUUCUCAAAUCUGCUACGAAAGAUUCCUUGAUCAUCAUCGAUGAGCUAGGGCGAGGCACGUCGACCUUUGACGGUUUCGGUCUCGCGUACGCCAUCUCAGAACACAUCGCAAAGGAGAUCCGCGCUUUCACGCUCUUCGCGUCACACUUUCACGAAAUUACCUCGCUUGCUCAAGAGGUGCCCUCCGUGCGGAAUAUGCACGUCCUGGCAUUAGUCGAGGAGAAGCCCGACUCGCUCACCGGGCGCGACGUAACGUUCCUCUACAAGGUGGAGCCAGGCAUCAGCGAUCAAUCGUUCGGCAUCCACGUUGCGCAAUUGGCUCGAUUUCCAGAUGAAGUCAUCAAGCUCGCCAAGAGAAAGGCUGAUGACCUCGACGAUCUCGACAAGGAUGGCAGCCUGGCAGUGCCCGAUGCGACGCCAGAGGAAGCUGCUGCCGGUACGGCGUUGCUCAAAGAGAUGCUGAGCGAUUGGGCAGCGCGUACUGCCCACCUCGCCGACGACGCCGCGACGGGUAGCUCAAGCGACGACGUAUCAAUGACCGACUCGGCCGAUGCAAGAUUAGCACGAGAGCAAGCAGAACUCAGGUCCUGCUUCGAAAGCUAUCGCGAGCGCUUUGACGCCGAUCCAUGGUGCUCGAAAGUGCUCAUGGCGAAGACGUAG